UAUUAUUAUUAUCUCAUAAGAUUAAUUAAUUUUUCAAAUAUUUUCUCGCGCGCACGUGUGUGUAUGAUAUAUGUGUGUCAUUAACAUUAUGUUUUAUUAUUUCCAUUUAUUUGAAAUUGAAGGAGAAUUGAAGAGUAUCUGAUGAAGUUACCUGAAGAAUUUCGGUACAAUACUUAAUUAAUAAUAAUCAGCACGUAAUAUUCUUAUUUACUUUAAUUUCAAUACUUUCAUAUUUUUCCAAUUUUUAGAUGGAUACAUGAAGCAUUGGCUCGCAUCGAACAGAAGCAGAAGCAAAUGAUUACAAAAAAAUGCAGUGGUAUUCUGCAGAACCCAAAGUUUCUUCCGAUUGCAAAUAUGGGGCAAUUCGAGGCAUUUGAAAAUCUGAACGAUGAAGAACUAAGAAUUCGAUCUGAACUAAGAAUUCGAUACUGUUGUGUCGUAAUUCAAUCUACUUCGGGGUUACGCUGCAAAAUAUUGUUGCAAUUUUGAAAGCGUCUCUCGAUGGUUUCAGCCAUAGAUUUACGUGGUCAGGCAACAAUAAAAAAUUGUCUAUUCAAAAAAGCGUAUUCAUUAAAAUAUUUUCAUGUUUUUUAUUUUGACAGUGAGACAAAAAUUUACAUUAUUACAAUGGACUUAUAUUUUAUAUUUAUAAACCUUGUCGAGGCAUAAGCUACAAGUGUCUUAUGUUGUCAAUAGCGCGUAUAAAACUCUAGUGCACUUUCAUAAAUAAUAUAUGUGGGAUGAAACACAUAGUAUAUAUUUGAUGUACUGCUUGCAUCGUUAGCGGCAUGCGCGAUUAGAUCACAGUGUGAUUAUCACAGUGGUUGUUUUUUUCUUUGGCGAACGUUUUUUUCAUUGUCGCUAACAAAGCGACAAUGUAAUUUGUCGGUCUCCUUUAUAUUUUUAUAUUUCGUCGAUGUAAAGGAAGGGAUAGGAUAUAAAAGCGUGAGUAAUAGAAAAGCGAGCAAGCAAUCUGUAUUCGACCAGCGACGUUAGUAGCUCUAUCUACUGUCUUUCUAGUGUUACAUUCUCAAUAAAUUCUUGUUAAUCCCACAAUUGGGGGCUCAACCGAGAUCACAUCCUCGAGUGUAAUACUAGUUGUACGAAGAAGAAAGGUGCAAGACAGAGUGCGUGAAAAGGUGUAAGAAGAAGAAUACCGGUAUACAAUAAGUUUUAAGGCGUAACCAUAAUGGCGGAAUCGGGUUCUAGUGCGAUAAACGACGACCUGAGUGCGAAGCUGGCAGACAUGACGAUGGUUCAAUUAAAGCAAGAAUUGAAGAAACAAAAAUUAAAGACUGUGGGACUGAAGAAUGAAUCGUUAUCCUACGACAGUUACCAUUUAUGCAACUCGAGCGCGAGCACGUGAAACGGGACGUCAUGACGAUGUUGAGGAUAAAAAUGACGACAGAGACGCAUGUGGAGAGCAAGAGGAUGCCCGCGAUAGCAAUACGGACUCGACGAAGACGAAGCGUCAGCAACUGAAGAGAAGACAAAAUAGAACAGAAAGAGACCGAAGAAAUCAAUUGUUAACGUUCAGGGAUGCUGAAGACUCUUUGGAAACAUUCAGUGGAGACGAUAAAGUUGACGUGCAAAGAUGGAUUAGAGAUUUCGAGGAAAUGGUCCGUCAUUCAAAAGGCAUAUGCGAAGCGUCUUCUCCGUGGUUCAGCGAAGCUGUUUGUUAAUUACGAAAGAUGCACAAAGACGUGGAGGAAACUACAACAUUAAUAGAGAAAUUUGUCGAUAUUCUAGACAGUCAUGCGGUACACCAGGAAUUGUCACGACUUAAGGAAAUAUCUGACGAGUCUUACCAGGCAUAUAUUUACAAAAUGUUGGAAAUUGCUGCGCAAGCCGACGUGGAUACGCAAUCGGAAAUUCAAUAUAUUAUCGAGGGUAUUCAAGACGAUGCAAGCAAUAAAACAGUACUGCAUGGAGCAAAAACAAUACGUGAACUAAAAGAAAAAUUCAUCCAAUAUGAAGCUAUAAAAAAAGAAGGAAAGUCGAGGAUGAAGCCAAAAGAGAAGAAGACGACUCGUAGGGACACUAGCUCGACGGAGGCGAAACGAUGUUUUAACUGCGGUAGCAGAGAUCAUUUCGGAAAAGCGUGCCCGAUGAAAGACAAAGGUGCCAAGUGCUUUAAAUGUAACUAAUAUGGACACAUCGCUAAAUUAUGUAAGGCAGUGAGUAGUAUCCAAAA